AUGCAGCUUCAAGUCCCGUUACCGGAAAUUGGAGACCCAGAGGAAUCAAGAAAGCGUACAGAGGCCUUCAUCCAGAACUACCUUGCGCACGCCUCUGUCAUUUCUGGACACGCGUCUAUUACUGCCUUCCAUUGUUCCUGCGUGGCCCACCACGGUAUAUCCCGCAGGCGAAGGGCUGACUCGCCAACCGUGAAUACGUCUUCCCCGUUGACAUAG